CCCUCCCCCGCUCUCUCUCUCUCUCUCUCUCUCUCUCUACCCUACCCAGCUCUUUCUCUCAUCUGGCCCGUCUCUCUCCCCUCCCCUCCCCGUCGCUGUCACCACCACCAUCUCUUGCCUCUUGCUCACCAUCUCUUUCAUCUCCUCCCGUCGCCAUCUCUAUCCUCUCCUCUACCGUUGUUGUUGUCUCUAGCAGAUCAACCUCGUUCCCCUACUCCAUCGCCGCUCCGUCACCACCAGCCAUGUCGUUGGCUAGUUGCUGUUGUCCCCUCCUCUUCUCCCCUGUCGCCAUCGCCCACCAGAUCUGGAGAUGCCAGAUCUGGAAGAUUUACAGCACAAAAAAAAAAAAAAAAGGUUUCAAUUAACAAAGUAUGUUUUCAUUGGUGUAACUUGUAAACUUGUAACUGGUAUCAUACCAGUGUGCAGUGACAAGCUUGGCCUUAGUCUCAAGUUGGAUUCAUUUGUGGCUGGAGUUAUGAUAUCAACCGCUGAUUUUGCACAGCAUACUUUAGACCAGAUGGCAAACGACAUACCACAUGAUGGAGCUCCUCCAAAGGCAGAGUUUGAUUCUGAGGCGGAGCUGGAGCCAUUACCACUAGAAGUGAGGCCUUUCGAUCCGGUGGGGUAUCGUCCUUGGACUCAUAUUCUGCCUGCUGGAGGCAUUAGGCACUUCACUGAUUUUGCUACUGACGUGCCAGAGGAUCGCCUACUGAAGGAGCCAGAUUCCCAUCUUUUAGCCGUUGCCAUUGAGGGUGACUCUCGCACAUACAGGGGCUAUGGGGCCAUGACGGCCAGAGAUUGGUAUGACGAGCUCUCCGUAGGAGUGCACGACAUUGUUGACGAGGCCGGCUACGGCCUAUUCUGCUCUGGAUUGACACAAGUUAUAGUGAGCCGUCCACUUCUUGGAGCGUUAGUGGAGAGAUGGUGGGACACCACUAACUCUCUCCACAUUUUCACUGCCAGAGAGUUGACGAUGACUCCUUAUGACUUCGCCAUGAUCACAAGCCUAGGUGUAGGGGCGAUUUGAUUCCUCUCAAUCUUGACAUGGGGGAGUGGGAGGCUGCUUGGAUUGAGCUACUGGGGGCACGCCCACCUUUGUUCCGGACAGCUAUGGUCAGAUACAGUUGGUUUGAGGAGCAGUUCAGGGGGACUGAGCCAGAGACGGUAGAUGAGAUAAAGCAGUACAUUCGGGGUUUUCUGAUGUUCCUCCUCGGUACCACCAUUUUUUUGAACACGGCGAACACCGUAGGAUUGUACUUACUGAGGCCGACCCCGCCCCAACUAUGAUGUUUCUAUGAUUGGGACGGGGCCGGCCUCGCGGCUAUAUGAGCUCGACCUCCCGCGGGAGUGGACACUUGAUCAGAGUCUACUAGCGAGCUUGGGAGCUAUGGGUGUACGCAUACUUCUCGACUCUUGCUGCAGAGCCUGUACUGGAGGUUCCGUUGACGGUUUUCUAUUUGCGGGUGUACGAUGGUCCGCUUCGCUGCAGGACUCGCAAGCCCUUCACUUUUUUCAAACAUCACUUUGACAUCGUAGCUACCCAUGAGAUCACGUGGUAGCCAUGGGCCACGAUAUCGACAGGGGUUCGAGGCCGGUACACUGUGGCCUUGGGCAUCUCGUGCUACCGUAUUCUACUUGAGGUCUGGUUUGCUGAGCCUAGUACCUAGGCGAGAGAGUCGUGCGUCAGUCUUUGGGUCUGCCUGCUCCGUUCAUAGCGAUGACGUUGCCAGAAUCCAUGAGGUCAGCAGACAACCUAUAUGUUGAUGGGGUUAUCCAGUUCAUGGUGGGCUUGGAGGUAGAGUACUUCCGAGUCGAGGGCGAUUAUACGGUCUUCAUUCAGACACACCUUAUGCCACCUCUAGCCCCUACUACGAGGGCGGGGCCUAGAGCAACCAGGGCAGCCAGGGCCUAUGGGAGAGGGGCUCUUCAGGCGAGGCAGAGGACCAGCUGGCCGGAGCUGCUUACUGCUCUCACCUGUUGGUGGUAUACUAGGGAGGCAUAUCAGAUUUCAAUUGAGCCUGCUGCAGCGGGGCAUAGAUAUGUCAGAGCUCAUGACGUACCCCCGGCACCCCCAGGAUACACCGAGGAUCUGCUGGAGCUAUUAGUCUCAUUCGAGGGCAUGAUAUUGAGGAGAGAGGUACUAUUUGGCUUCCGCGGCAUUUAGGUAAUUUCUUCAGUUUUCUUUCAUUCCAGUCAUCAAAUUUUUGUUGAUACAUUGAAACUGACAUGAGAACUUCCCCAUACUGCACUGAUACACUACAUCUAAAAUACUGCACUUCCAUACUGUAUUCAUACUCUGUACCUGACUUCAGCAUAUACUCAUUCUCCCCCAUGCUUACAUCUGAUACGUAUGUUGUGGCUGACAUAUGACAACUGUCUUUUCAAGUCCCACCCAUACCGGGUGCACCAGCAGGAGUAGCAGUAGGACCAGCAGUGCCUCUUGCAACAUGGAGAGAGAGACAGGCUCCAGCAUGCAGCCGAGGCUGAGCUAGGGGCACCUGAGCUGAGAGUGGCCCUUUAGAGCCCAUUCUGAGCGAUGAUGAGGCUGAGACUAGCAAGGUCGAAGAGUCAGCAUGCUGAGUCAUCUGAGAGUGGAGACGAUGACGCUGACUCGGGUUCUGAGAGUAGGAGCGCUGAUGCUGAGGAGGGCUCCGAGGCAGAGAGUGGAGAUGGCUCUGGUUCAGACUCUGAUUCUGGUUCAGACAGUGGCGCCGAUGGAGACAGUACUGCAGAGUCCUCUCCUCCGAGGAAGAGGACGAAGAGGGCCUCUUGAGCUUAAGGCGACCAGCGCUGAUUUUUUGUAGUUUUUGCUUAGUUUCUUUUUGUUAAUAGUGUCAGCACAUUGUACAGCUUCAGAUAUGUUUUAUUUUUUUAAAAAACUUGUACUGCACCUUUUAUAAAAACAACCAUGAUCAGAAUGAAAAUCAGGUUUUUCAUUUGAAAAA